GCAAGAAUGAGUGAAUUGGAUUGACGUGGAGGUGAUGGAGGAAGAGAAAUGGUCUACACGUCAAAAUGACAAUGUAUAUUACAUGGUUAACAGAAUGAGUGGGGUCAUGCCUGGUGUUGUGACUGUAGUGUUGAUCACAGACCUGAAGGCAGAGUGUGCUGUGGAAGUGAAGUUUAGCAGAUCUGGGAAAUCAAGCUCUGGUUGUAAAGGAACAAACUAAACAUGUCAACUGAAAAUACGAAAAAACAAAUCCCAGAUAGCAAUUCUGCUCCAGCUCUGCCUGCACCACUCAGUGAUCUGAAAAUUAAAUAUACUAAGAUAUUUAUAAAUAAUGAAUGGCAUGAUGCAACUAAUGGCAAAAAAUUUGCAGUCUAUAACCCUGCAACUGGAGAUAAAAUUUGUGAGGUAGAAGAAGGAGACAAGGAGGACAUAGACAAAGCUGUUAAAGCAGCGAGAGAAGCUUUUCAGCUUGGGUCACCAUGGCGUACAAUGGAUGCUUCAGAACGGGGAAGGCUCUUAAAUAAACUAGCUGACUUAAUUGAAAGAGAUCGUCUACUCUUAGCUACAAUGGAAGCCAUUGAUGGUGGAAAACUUUUUUCCACUGCCUACUUAAUGGAUUUAGGAGCCUGCAUUAGAAGUGUACGCUACUGUGCAGGCUGGGCUGAUAAAGUUCAAGGUCGUACCAUUCCAAUGGAUGGAAACUUUUUCACAUUUACGAGACAUGAACCCAUUGGUGUGUGUGGCCAAAUUAUUCCUUGGAACUUCCCUUUGGUUAUGUUUGUCUGGAAGAUUGCUUCUGCCCUUUGUUGUGGAAACACAGUGAUCAUCAAACCAGCAGAAGAAACUCCACUGACUGCUAUUUACAUGGGAUCUUUAAUUAAAGAGGCUGGAUUUCCACCGGGGGUAGUGAAUAUUGUGCCAGGUUUUGGACCGACGGCUGGAGCAGCAAUUUCUCACCACAUGGACAUAGAUAAAGUGGCUUUCACAGGCUCUACACAGGUUGGCAAACUGAUCAAAGAAGCUGCUGGAAAGAGUAAUCUGAAGAGGGUUACAUUGGAACUUGGAGGGAAAAGUCCUAAUAUCAUAUUCGCAGAUGCAGAUUUGGACAAUGCUGUGGAAUUUGCACACGUUGGUCUGUUCUACCACCAGGGUCAAUGCUGCGUAGCAGGCUCUAGGAUUUUUGUGGAAGAACCUAUUUAUGAAGAAUUUGUCCGUAGGAGCGUUGAGCGAGCUAAGAAAAUUACCCUUGGUGAUCCUCUGUCUUGUGGUGUAAAUCAAGGUCCCCAGAUUAAUAAGGAGCAGUUUCGUAAAAUCCUUGACCUAAUUGAGAGUGGGAAAAAAGAAGGAGCCAAACUGGAAUGUGGAGGAGGUCCAUGGGGAGACAAAGGUUACUUCAUCCAGCCCACGGUUUUCUCUAAUGUUACAGAUGAUAUGCGCAUCGCCAAAGAAGAGAUUUUUGGGCCAGUGCAGCAAAUCAUGAAGUUUAAAACUGUAGAUGAAGUUAUCAAGAGGGCAAACAAUACUCAUUAUGGGUUAGCAGCAGCAGUUUUUACCAAAGACCUUGAUAAAGCAUUGACAUUUGCAACUGCUCUUCAGGCUGGAACAGUAUGGGUUAACUGCUAUAGUGCAAUGUCUGCUCACUGUCCUUUUGGAGGAUUUAAAAUGUCAGGAAAUGGACGAGAAAUGGGAGAAUAUGGCAUUCAAGAAUAUACAGAAGUUAAGACUGUCACAAUCAAAAUUCCACAGAAGAAUUCAUAAUGUUGCUUCAGGGCAGAAUUUAGCAUCUUCAAAAUGCUAAGCAAAUCUGCAAAGGUUAAUUGUGUUGUGAAAAUUUUUACAUCCCAAAUUAUUCAUUAACUUGCAAACAAGGAAUUUGCUUACAUUAACAUGAUCAAGAUUAAUGUAGAAACUUUACAUGUAAUUAACUGAGAAAGGGAAAUUCUUA